AUGAUCAUAAUCCUCCAGAGGACCCUUCUCCUAAUUAGCAGCUCUCUCCCUGGUCACACUAACUACCGGCUCCAACCUGGCCAGUCCAGUAAGGUGCUCCUCCACUCCUGCAUCCGCCCCCAGCAAACGCCUCCCGCACCGCGCGGGACCCGGGGGCAGAGUGGGGGAAGGGGGCGGAGAAGCAGGGCCCGGCCUUCUCCAGCUGACCCCCGCGGGACUCGGCUCGGAGGGUGGGACCGGGAGGGGGCCCCUGCGAAGGCGGGAGAGGUCGAGAAAGGCGGAAAGCGGCAUGGGGAGGGCCGGGGGAAGGGGCGUCACUGCUCGCUUUACGCUUCAAGAGCCCGCGGCACAGGCGGCGGGGCUGAGCAGCGGAGGAGAAGGGGUUUGCAGCAGCCUCCGCGUUCCUCCUUGCAGCCCCAGCAUCACCGCCCCCCCCCCCGGGCCGCGGCGCCUGUUAGGCCGCGGAGAGUGAGCGCGGGCGCGGCUGCACCUCACCCAGGACUGGAGGGCAGGGCGCGGUGGGGCCGCGGCGGGGGGACUCCGCCAGCCGGGUGGCCCGCGCGUCUCCCGAGCACACCAGCUCCGGCUGCCACCCGGCUGCGGCCGGGACGGAGCUCCCUGCGCGCCUCCCGGGGGCGCAGCGAUGCGGACGGCGAGGGUCGCGCUCGAAGGAGCAGCGCCGCGCGGCGUCCCGGGGACCCCGGCGGGCGGGGAGGCGAGGCUGCCGCCAACAGCGCAGAGCCGCUGUCCACUGCUGAAGCGCCGGCGGACGGCGCUACGCUGCCCGCCUGGAUGCGCCUCUACUUCUACGGGAUGCACGGGAUCACCCUGGACGUGCUCGUGUCCUCGGCUCGGCGCUUUGCUAGCAGCCCGGACCUCCGGAUGCUGGGCUUCUCCUCGCCCUACCGCUGCCUACUGCAUUCGCUCACCCACUUCGCCCUGGAGAAGGUCUACCUGCAGCAGCAGCGCUGCCCCAGCGCCUUCGUCUUCAAUUUUCUCCUCUACCCCUCGGCCCACGUGGCGCUGCAGACCCUGGCCGGCCAGGCGCUGCUGCUCGGCCUGCGCAGCGGGCCGGGGGGCGCGUCGGGGGGCGCGUCGGUGCCGGGGACACUGGACCUAGCACUGCAGUAUGUGCUGGCGCUCUACCACUGCCAUGUGUUCCUGAAGCGCUUCUUGCGCUUGCGAUACCGGCGGCCUCCAGAGCAGCAGCCGCAGCAUUGCCCCGGCGCGCCCCCCGCCCCUCUGGGAGCCGGGGCCCCUAUGGUUGCAGGAGGCCAGCGGCGACUACCCCGGGGCGCCAGGGGCGUCGGGGGAGCCCCCAGUCGGGGGCUGCCAGGCCUGCUCCGCUUUCUUUUCUUUGGAAUGCACGGCUUUUUGGAUGAGAUCUUCUUCACUUUCUUCUUUAAUUUACUGGGGCAGGGAGAUGGGGCAACCAGCGGCCACACGUCACUCUGGUCCUUCUUUAUGUACGGCAGCUGCAGUUUCGUGGUGGAAAAGCUCUACUUCCACCUCCACUGGAGUCGUGGCUGGAGCACUUGGAAGCGGAUGCCCAUCUACGUGAUCUUCAUCUAUGUAUGGGAGUUGUCCUGGGGUCUGGGACUCCGCAUGUGCGGCGCUUGUUCCUGGGACUAUUCUCACUAUCCGCUCAAUUUCAUGGGCCUCAUCACCCUGAUGUAUUUACCUGGUUGGAUAUUCCUUAGUGUGUACCAGGACCUACUUUCCAACGUGUUGUGGCGGGGGGGGGAAAAGACAAGUAGAAUUGAGUAUAGCUCAGACAAGGAUGACUAA